AUCAUCGGAAAUUUAGGGCAUAAUUUAUCAUCUGUACUUCAUCAAUAUUGAUACGAACAACAACCCAAAAAUAUGGCCGACGAAACAGAUGUCCCUCCCUUGGAGGACAUGUCUGAUUUGUUACAGAAAGUUCAGAUAAUAAAAGAACAAAGAACAAAGACAUCUUCACAGAACAAAGGAAAAACAGAAAAGAACAUUAUUUCAAAUGGACACUGUACAGUAUCAGACAAAUACAUGGCACCUGUCAAUAAACCAGCACAAAUUCAAUCAAAGCCUGAAAACACAGUACCAAAAUCAAACACAAAACCAUCAGCAACAGUAUCUGAAUCAUCCUCUGGAUUUGGAGGCAUGAAAAAAGGAUUUAUGUUUGGUGGAGGAUCAUCAAAACCCAAAUCAUUUCAAGAAAAAACAAAAGAAGCAUCUGUACCAUAUGUAAAGAAAAAGGAGGAAUCACUGAAACUUGAUGAAGUACAGCAAGCUAUGAGUGAUACCAUAACAAGCAAGAAAGAUGAAUGGAUGACAGAUGAUUUACUAAGUAAGGUAGAAAAAAAUGAAUCACUUCUAAAGAAACUACAAGAUCCUAGGUUUAUGGAGGCAGUGAAUAUGUUUCAGACAAACCCAACUGCUGCCAUGGAUAGAUACAAAAAUGAUAAAGAAACACAAGAUGCAUUUAUGCAGUUUUGUGGAUUUAUGGGAAAUCAUUUCACAAACAUUGCUGACAAAGAUGAUAAAACAGAAGAGAAGACACCACCACCAAAACCAUCACCAAAGAUAAUAGAGGAAAUAGAUCCCACAGACAGUAAUAAAUACGUCCCUUCAAACCCGCCAUCUGCUUCAGAAAGGGGGACAAUCCUUACAAGACAGUCACAAGGUGGUGCUGACAUGUCUGUUAGAAGUUCAACCAACCCUAAACAGGCUACAGCAGAAGAUGAGAACAAAAUGCAAGAGAUUCUCUCUCAACCAGAUGUGAUGGAAGUUCUAAUGGAUCCUUGGAUACAAAAUUUAUUUCAUGUUUUAAGAACUGACCCAGGAAGUGGACAAAGGAUGUUAUCAGAUGCUGACAGUGAGAAGAAAAAGGAAAUAAAGAAACUUGUAGAUGUUGGAAUGUUGCAGUUUCAGACAUGAUUUGAUGCAACCUAGAUUUUAUAUAUUCCAAAAAUCAUUCUAUUAAACCAAAAGGAGUUGGUAUGAAAUUCAAAAGUGGCAAUCCAAAAAGAAAAUAAAAGCUUUGUAUGAGGAGAAAAUUGAACAUCCAAACAUUGUUCUUAUAAACAAAAAGAAGUUGAUACGAAAUACAUAUGUAUCAAAAGACUCAUACAAAAUUUGUGUGGAACAACUUUCAUCAAAACAACAAUAAUCAUUUUAUAUAUAUCAUGCAAAUUAAUUGAUGUGAGAACUUUUGAAUGCCAUGUUAAUGCCAUGAAAUGAGUUGUAUUAAUUAAUAUUUUAACAAUGUCAUAGAUUGUAUCAUUCAACUUAACUGCAAAAAUCUGUGAUUGAACCAUCCAAAAUUAAAAUAAUUUGAAAAUAAGAAGAUGUGAUAUGAUUUCUAAUGAGACAACUUAGCACAAAGAGACCAAUCUAUGUAGAAGUUAGCAACUAUAGAUCACUGUAUGGCCCUCAACAAUGAGCAAAACCCAUACAGCAUAAGUGAAGUGGACAAACAAACAAUUUUAUAUAUAUCUGGCUGUAUCUUCAUCAUAACCUCUAACUAAAACCACUCAACUAUUGACUAUUUUUGUCUCGCUUCAACGAAGUUGAAAAAAAGCAAGACUUCACUGUACUGUUCCGGGCGGCAGAGGUGUCAGGUGACUGUCAACAAUGUAUUAGUUUGUGAUUAGUUAUCAAAGGUACCAGGCUUAUUAUUUAAUACGCCAGACGCGUUUGUGAUUAGGUCAGUUUAUAAGGAACCACUAGUGGUAGCCCCAUGAUAUUUGGUAUGAAGUUUUCUUAGCAUUGACACAAACAGAUUUCCAUGGAGAUUCUUUAGCUGCACCUACACAGACAUAGUCUGUUGACUUUGAAACUUUUGCUUAGUUUACAUGUAUUGAUUUGUGAUUGUCAGUUUAUUGGGAACGAUGCUGUCCUGCACUCAUAUAUUGCUUUACUUCAUGGACGAUUUCAUACAGCAGCAUCAUAGACCUUACAGGAACACCCUAUCUUGUGCAAUGCCAAGUACAAAUUGUACAGAAUUACAAAGCAGAAAAAAAUUAAAGAAACAUUUAAAGGGGUUGCUUCAAACUUCAAAUACAAGACGAAAUGAUUGAUCAACAUUGUUAUUAUAACCAUGAACAAUAAGUCUUUUAAACCAGAAAGAAAAAUUUGAAAGUCAAUUCAUUAACUAGUUAGUUUCAUGAAUAAUUGUAACUGUAAAAAGCUGGUUGUGAAAUGCAACAUUAUUUAGAAUUUCAGCCUUUGAAAUCAUACUUCCACAAUUAAUCUCUGUAUAUUUUGAUAAAAUAAAAAGUGCAUGGUUCAGAAAAUAUAAUUUAAGAAUAAAAAGCACAAAACAUCA